GUCUGAUAGUGUUAAUUGUGUAAUUACUAGGGAUAUAGUCAUGCAACAUUUUGAUCAAUGUGUGUAAGGCUGUGUUGAUGUAAGAUUACCACCUUCAUGGACAGCCCACUGAUAGCUGAUCCAUAAUCAAACCUCGCUCUGGCCUCGGGCUGUAAGGAGCUCUCGGCCUGUACAGGAGCUUGUGUGACUAAGUUACCAAAGCAGGACGGAAAGUUCCUAAUCUUAAAUCCCUGUGUUUGUUUUUAUUCCUUUCUGAACAGAAUUCUUAUCCUAUUAGAGGAUUUUUAUUCUUUUGAAAAUUUAGUUGGAUUGCUGAAUGUCAGAAGAAGUUUGUACUGAGCUGUUUUACAAAAGUGCUAGAAGAAAGCUUUCUAAGAUUUUUGCCAGCUUUAGUUAAGUAUUGACCACUGGUAGAGGUUUGACUGACAGAAGACGAGGAGGGAAGCAUGGCAGACAGCUGGAGACAGGGGACCUCAUCUGAGGGAAAAAACAGGCCAGGCUGUACACACAUUAAGGAGGGUAUCACUGGAGGAGAGUGAAGGUUUCAGGAAGUGGAAGUCAGUUGUGCUCCCCCAUGAUGGAAUACAGGCAUUUAUUUUAAUCUAUUAAAAAAAAAAUCUUCCCAAAACACAUGUUGCACGCUCCAAAACAAGAGCAGAUUGGAAUGGGAAUGAACUCUUAGUAUGAGAAGGAGAAUUCCAGACGUCAGUGUUUCUUUGUGAGAUAGUGAAUUGAUAAAGGAAGGAUUUAAAUAAUAUAGAAUUCUAAUUUAAUGGAAUUUUUGAGGCACAUGGACCAGACUUUGAAGGCUCUGUUAGAUAGUUUUUAUCUGUGAUAUUAUGGAUUUGAGUGUUGAAUUGACUUGUUAAUGGGAUGAUAAAUAUUUGAUGAACAGCCUCUUCUUUUUCUGUUGGAUUCUCUCAUAGAAAGGAAGCAACUGGGAAAUGUUAAUUUCCAGUAGGGAAUACUGUUUUAAUGUGUGAUUAUAAAGAAAUGUGUGAAUAUUUUGUUUAUCAGGAUUGAAGUUUUCUGGAUACUAAUAUGGCAAAUUCUGAGCGUGUUCCUCUGGAAACUAUAAGAAAACGGUCUGAGAGAGCUGUGGAUUAUUAUAAGAACUGUGUGGUUCCUGCUUAUCAGGGAAGAGGUUCACCAAUGAAAACUGAAGGUUAUGAUUCUGUGGAAAAUAUUAAUGGAAUAUAUACAUCCCACAAUGGCAACCCAGACCAAAACAGGGGAACCAAGGGAGGUGUGACAUUUCAGGAUUCCUCGGGGACAUCAAACAGUACUGUGAAACACAAUGACAGUUUCACCCGAGGGGGUCAACGUGCAACAUUUCAUGGAACUCAUUCCUCUAAAUGGAAAUCUGCAAAAUCUCGAACAAAAGAAAAAUCCAAGUCUCCAGAAUCAAACUCUAGUAGCAAAAGGAGUAGUCAGGGUUUGAGUAGAAGUAAUAGCAACUUAGAAAUGGACAGCAUAGAUUUUGAUGAUGCUGCCGAUUUUCACAAUAGCUCCAUGCGAAGAGACUAUGGGAGCACUUCGUCAUUGGAUGUACUUAGUACAAGUGGUGAUACAAGUUUUUUUGCAAUGGUCAAGGACCUUGGACAUAGAAACUUGGAUCAGAGAAGCCCUGCACCUGCUCAGAUGCAGGAGUUCUUGAGGGGCAGGAUAGACAGUAAUAGGGAGAGAAUAGGUGCAAGGAGUGACAAAUUUUCUAAUGGUUCCACUGCACCAGACAGGGGAGGUGGAGAGGAAGUGGAUGGAAGUCCUCGUUCAAAGAGCAUGAAAGUAAAAGGUGGAAAAGAGCGGAAAACUAGAUCAAAAUCCAUAACUAAUGACUCGAGAACAGGCAACAUUCUAAACAAAUUUCGAGGGAAACAAGAAGUUGAAAUUGGUACAAAAAUGACGGACUCAAUCAACUCUGAAAUAGGAGAGGAGAGACUAAGAAAAAAGACAUUUGUUCACUAUGAUUGUCAAAGUUUGGGCUUUGACAUACAAGCGGUGAUCAAUAAAAGAUCAGAUUCAAAUGUAUCAAAAAAUACCUCAACAGGUGCUUCUGCAGCAUCAGGACAAGUGCGAAGUAGUAUGGCUGGGGAAAAGGACACCCCAGACAUAUCUGCUGAUACUGAUGAGGGGGAUGGGAAAUCAAAUGCUCUCGUUUUAUCAUGUCCAUUUUUCAGAAAUGAACUGGGUGGUGAAGAGGAAAGAACCAUAAGUUUAGGACGAAAUGUGACAGGCAAAUUGUCAAACCAAAACAAUAAUAAUACUCUCCCUGCAGGAACUAGUGCAGUAACAUCCACAAGAUCUCCCGCAUGUUGUGGUUUGUCUAUAUUAGACUCUCUACCAACUCCUACAGGACUUAUCCUCCCUCAUGUGGUAUUACACCGGGGCCAUGUCAUUGAGUAUGUGGACCAUGGUGCCAGCUACUAUAGACAUUUCUUUUAUGGAUAUGACCACCAGAACUAUUUUGGUAUUGAUGAUAAUGUUGGUCCUGUUGCCAUCAGUAUUAGGAAAGAGAAAGUGGAGGAUCGGGAAAACAACCUUGGACGUGCAGAUUAUGGCUCCAACCAGUUUCGAGUCAUUGUUAGAACUAGUGAACUUACCACACUACGAGGUGUUAUAUUGGAGGAGGCCAUCCCCACCUCAGCUAGCCGGCUGGGGGGAUCUAAGACAACAACUGUCAAAGAUGUUAUUGAGUACAUAUGCCCUGAUCUCCAGACUUCCUGUCUUAAGUUGGCCUUAUCCAGUCAAAAAUCCCUGGAUCAGCUCCUCAAAGUUGACCAACAGGGGGUGAAUCAGACGUACAAAGUAGGAAUCAUGUACUGUAAGGCUGGCCAAUCAUCAGAAGAGGACAUGUAUAAUAAUGAGCAUUCUGGACCUGCCUUUGAGGAGUUCUUAAGCUGUAUUGGACAGAAAGUCAGACUGAAAGGUUUUGAAAAGUACAGAGCUCAGCUUGAUAAUAAAACCGAUUCCACAGGGCAGCAAUCAGUGUACACCACCUUUAACAAUAGUGAAAUCAUGUUCCAUGUGUCAACCAUGCUGCCCUACACACCAAACAACACUCAACAGUUACUACGCAAGCGACACAUUGGAAAUGACAUUGUAACCAUUGUCUUUCAAGAGCCUGGGGCUCAGCCAUUCACUCCUAAAACAGUCAGAUCCCAAUUCCAACAUGUUUUCAUCAUUGUUCGAGCUCAUAAUCCAUGUACAGAAAAUGUCCGCUACAGUAUUGCUGUCACAAGAUCCAAAGAUGUCCCCCCAUUUGGUCCACAUAUCCCAGAGAAUGCCAUGUUCCCAAGAUCAGAUCAGUUUGCUGAAUUCCUGCUUGCUAAAGUCAUUAAUGCGGAAAACGCAGCUCACAAAUGUGAAAAGUUCAUUGCCAUGGCAACUCGCACCAGAACCGAAUACCUCAAAGAUCUGGCUCAGAACCAUGUGACCACAACUACUCUGGACUCUUCCAAACUAAGUAAAUUUUCCCUUGGAAGUGGUCGAAAGAAAGAUAAAGUGAAACAAAAAGUUGUUCCAGAUAUGUAUGCCACAGGUGCCAUUAUUUGGAAUGUACAGGUUGAAGACUUUGGUUCAGGCUCUCAGGUAGAUUCUGUCCUGGCUAUCUCCUCAGAAGUCCUGGUCAUUGAAGAGGAAAGCUCUAAAAGUGUCAUCUUCACAGUCCAUUGUGGGGCAGUUAUUGGCUGGACAGCUCAGGCAAACAGCAUUAAGAUAUACUUCAAUCAGGAGGAGAGUAUUUUGGUGCGGCUCCUCAGUGGUGAGAUGGAGGAAACGGACGAGAUCUGUUGCAGGCUUCGGGCAGUGACACCUGGAUGUCCCACUGAGGAAAAAACCCUAAAAAGGAAUGGCCUGGGACAGCUAGGUUUCCACAUCAAUGCUGAUGCCAUUGUGACUGAUGUAGAAAAGAACAGUUUUGCCCAUGAGGUGGGAUUGCUGAAGGGUAGCCGCCUGGUGGAGAUCUGUAAAGUAGCUGUGACCAAUCUCAGUCAUGAGGAUAUGGUGGAUCUAUUGAGAACCUCUCAGACGGUGAAGGUCACAAUGAUACCUCCUCUGUUAGACGGAACUCCGAGGGGUGUCACCACAUUACUCACUAACUGCCGAUAUACAUCAUUAAAUACCCUCAAGGCGGCCUGCAAGGCCACACAAAAUGUGCAACAGAGACAAAAGGAGGCCCUAAUGGGACAGAAGUCUGUCCCACUGCUGAGCCCACUGAAUGGUUCCCACCACAGUCUGUGUAAGACAUCCUCGGACUCGUCUGAGUAUCUGUAUCAGAGACACAAGACAGACCUCACCACUUCCACCGAGACCUUGAGUAUGGAGUUCCUCAAAACCGAGUUUGCCAGUAUAUUUUCUGGGUCAAAUGAGAAUCUGUUCUCACCUGAAGAUCAGCCAUCUCAAUUAUCCAGCAGUUCAAGUGAACAGUCUUUCCAUCUGAGGGAUUCGCUAAAUUCCAAUUCAAGUCUGAAACUGGACAUCCGACUUUCCUCAAGUUCCAGUGAGUUUGCCACAAGUCCCACCCAGAAGGAUCCCCCCAGAGCUGAAUCCCCAAGUCAAAGGGGUUUUCAGACCCUCCCUCACAACAGAAAGCCAUCAACCCCCACUAGGAGUGACAGACAUUCACCUGUGAAGAGCCUUGUACCUGGUUAUCGUCCCCUGGCAACAUCAAGUCUUCAAAGAGGAGCAGGGCUUCAUCAUGCCUUUACAGACACAGCUUUGAUGUCCAAGACAUCCAGUCCAUAUGAUGAAGGUUACACCUCCCGGCAAACGGACACACUUAGGUCAGACGAUGGGAAACAUGAGAGGUCAGGGUCCAGGGACAGUGGGGACUACCAGUAUCUUAGUGGAGCUCCCAGACCUUGGUCUAGCACUCGUGCCACAUACAAUCAGAUAAGGAGGCAGGAUCCCACAAAUUCCAGUGGUGACUCGGGCUCCUAUGGCAAUACUCUUCAUAUGUCAGAAAGUGUUCCAGCAAGCAUGUCCUCUUUACAGUCCAGUAACUUUACACGGAAAUACUCAGGCCCAGGGGGGGAUUACUCUGCUGUGCAGCAUGGCAAUAUAUCACUGGAAUUAAUGAAACAGACCCAGAACUCUAAGUAUUUAUUGAGUCAGGAGUCUGGUGUGAGGAGUACUAAUUCUAGUGUGAAUCUUAGUGACACUUCAUUCUCCAGCGGAUCAUCUCAUAACUCGGGAGCAGUGCCGGGACAGCGGGGUUACAAUGACCCAAGUUACCACAGCAGCAGCUCUAGGGAUGAUUUAACAAAUGUUGGUAAGAAGAGAGCAGAUCCUACCUCAGCGAACAGCAAAGGUCGGCCCAGUGGUCACAGGAGGACCCACCUGUCAGAGGUGUCCCCACUCAGCAGUGAAAAUGGCAGCCCAAGAUCUUCUCAAAAGAACCUGAGUGGAAUGUCAUCAGAGGAAUCCUUGAAUACCCGCCUCCGUCCAGGUGUGAAUGGUAAACACUCCAAGACACAGUCCAAUGAACUUCAAGAGGACCUCAAACGCUUGAUUGACAUGGACCUCAAAAACAGUGACCUCAGAGGAAUACUGCAGGGCAGCUCUAUAGAAAGACCUUCUUUUCCACUGAAGAGAACCAUGUCUGAUGAAAGCCUCCACAGUCAGAAGGGUGCCACCAUAUCCCCCUCCCGAGAUGCCAUUGUGGCCGACCUCAUUUUCUCCACAGCCCCUCCUGUCCCUGCACUACCUAAGGAGGUGCUGGGAGAUGCAAGGUUGUCUCCUCGUGCCAUGUUGGACAGCGCUAUGGCAGCCAAAGCACGACAGGUAUUGAGUCGAAAUGCUGCAGCUGCUCAACCCAGAACCCAACAGAACCCUGUUCCUCUCCCAGAGUCAGCCGCCAGCUUAGACUGGUCAAACCUGGUCAAUGUAGCCACAAAGGCCAUAGAAAGUACAGAUGGCUCCAAGUCCAGGAGUUCUUCUGCUAGAGAUCCAAAGGACAGAGCUCUCCCUCCCGAACCUGGUAAAUCUGGGGUCAAAAAACCAAGCAACAGCUACACCACAAAACCCCCAACAAACCAGCCACAGGGAAGUUCAGUGUGGAGGUCUGCCGUAUCCAACCCACAGCAGAGAAUUCAGGAGCUGGAGAUCAAAGUAGAGCAGUUAGAAAUGGACCUUGAUAAGGAGAGGAAAGAGAAUGCUGAUCUGGAGGCAGAAGUGGAGUCGCUAAGACGAGACAAUAUCCGCCUUCAGGAGGAAUCACAGACUGCUGCCGCACAGCUCCGCAAAUUUACCGAGUGGUUUUUCCAAACGAUAGACAGACAGUAGAAAUUACUCCAUGUAAAGGGGGAUAACUCAACAAAAAUGAUAGAGACAUUCUUCAGUGAUAUCCUAAUGUGAUAGAAAUUUUGAAUUUAUGAAAUCCAUGACUGUUUAUAAUGCUAAAUACGGUAUUUUGAUCAAAAAUAUGUCUGAAAUAAAGUAUUACAGGACGUGUUCAUGCAGAUCAUGUUGAAUCCCAUAAGCUGGGUAUAAUAUUUUGGUGAAUUAACUGUGAAUUUUCAUUGAUAACAUGAUCCUGUUAUAUUUAUUAUUUGUAUAUAUGAAAAACAAUACACUUCAUCUUGAUUACUUGUUUACUGAAAGCAUUGCAGAUAAAUACUCAUACUGUUGUAUAUAAAAUUAUUUGUAAAAAUCAUUUAUCAGAAUAUAUCACAAAUUUCAUGUUGGAAGAAAAACAUUAUUUCAGUUCAUUCAUGGUUGUGCACUGAAAGUGAUAUUGUAUUGUUUACUAACAAUAUUUUUUUUUUUCAUUCAGAGUGAGCAAAACACACGAUCGAAUCUGUAAGUGUGUAGACUCGGUAAAAUCUUACUCGAUACACAGUGAACAAUGUGUUAUGUUUCAUUCUGAUGCAUCACAAAUCAUUUAUAUUAAUUUGUUUGAAAAUAAGAUUCAGAAUAGCAUUAUUUUUCAUCAUUAAUAGAAAAUAUUUCUUUAUGUGUAAGAAAUUUAGUGUGUUAAGUUUAUUAAAAUUAAAAGUUAUGCCAUGUACAUUGAUUUUAAGCAUAAACUCUAUUAUGUCAGAGUAAGAACAAUACUACUGUACAUCCUUGACCUUGCACAUACAUAUUGUAUGUGUACAUUAUCUAGUCAGCUGUUGGUUAGGAAUCCAUUGUGUACAUCUUUAUAUGAUUAUUGUUUAUGUAUAUAACCAGUUUUGUGAUGCUCUCCAUACACCAUUCCAUGUCAGUAUAAGUGGCCUUCCAGAUUGUACAACCAAUUCUUGUGCAUUAUAGCCAUAUAUUUAUUUCAUUUUAACAUUAUAUAUGUAUUUUGUCUUAUUUUGUAUAUAAUGUAUAUGUUUACCACUGAAGAAAAUACAUUAUCGAUAACCAUG